GUGCCAGAAGAUGCUGAGGGACCUCAUUGCGUGGGUGCUGAACAAUUACUUGGGGAAAUAUGUGGGAAAUCUCAAUACGGCGCAGCUCACCAUCGCCCUCCUUUCAGGUGAGGUUGAACUGGAGAAUCUCCCCCUACGUCGAGAUGCUCUACGAAAUUUGGGGCUACCACUGCAGGCACUCAGUGGUUCGGUGGGGAAGAUAAAGCUCCAGGUACCGGUGCGGCAAUUCUGGACGGCGCCGUGGUGUAUUUAUAUUGAGAAGGUGAAUGUUGUGGUGGGGCCGGUGAAUUUGGAUGAGUGGGAUGCCGAAGCGGAGGAACAGGCGGAUUUGGACUUCAAAGUGGCCCGUUUGGAUCGUUUGGAGGCCAAAUGGCGAGCCGCGCGGGAGGCCUCAAUAGAGGGUGGCUACUAUGCGUCAUCAUACAGUGGCUGGAUGAACUUUGGGACGUCCCUCGUGACGAAUAUUGUGGAGAAUUUGCAGCUGAAGAUUAGUGAUGUUCACAUUAGGUACGAAGACUCCAUCACAGUGCCCAAUCAGCGUUUUGCCUGUGGGGUCACAGUUGAAUGGCUUUCAGCACAGAGUUGUGACUCAAAUUGGCGUCCAGGGAUUGCAAGUGGGCAAAGUGUGGCGAGUUUUAAGCUCGUGGAAUUGCAAUCGCUCUCCCUCUACUGGGAUUUGUUGGAUAAUCACGAAAGCUUCGGGGAGGUGCCUUCUAGUGAAUUGGCGGCUGCAAUGGAGAAGAUGAAAUUUUCCCAUCAGUACAUUGUCAGCCCAGUGAGUGCUCAGGCAAAGUUAAAGCGUGAUCGCAGUGAGAAUCCCCUGCGGACUCGUAGCCGUCCACGUUUGGUGUGUGAUCUGGUGCUGGAGGAAGUUUCGUUGUCGCUGACUGAUUGGCAGUACAAUCAAAUGGUGGAGUGUGUACGUGGGUUGGAUGACAUUGCCAAGUACAGGCGCUUCCACCUUUUACGCCCAACGCAUCCCAUUCACGAGGGUGCCCGCAAUUGGUGGCUGUAUGCAGCCCGUUGUCAUGGCUUCCUCAAGGCAACGGGAUGCUUUGUUCCUGGGCACGUGAGGGACAAUGUACGCUACUUGGGGAUAUAUUCGCGUUUAAUUAGGAAUCCGAAUGAAGUGUUGAGUGCUGAGGAGAAGGAGCAUAAGGAUUGUGUUGAGCGUAUGCGGGAGUAUGAGGAAUUGAAGAAUCUCCGGGAGAUUUGUAUGGAGGAAGUUCCGUGUGCUGAAGUGAAGGCGGGCAAGGAGGGUAAUCAGGGGAGGAGUAUGUUGCAUUUUUGGUUCCCACAGUGGCUUGGAUGGUAUAGCAAUGGUGCCACGGAGGCAGCAGCAGCAGCAGCAGCGAAGGCUCCUGAUCAGGCAGAUGCCGCUGCGGGGCAAACGGCAAAGGAUCAACUUGAGGAUGAAAUUCUCAAUGGGCUGUCAACGGGUGUGGAUACAAAUAGUGUCCUCAAGAGGGAUGCUGUCUUUGGGAAGUUUGAUUUUACCCUCAAAAAGGGAACUUUGGACAUUUGUAGUGGGGCGCCAGGGGGCGAAAGUCGUCCAAUGGUGCAGUUUUUCUUUGAGAAUUUGAUUCUUUUCGUUGAAUCACGCCCAAGGUCGGCAUCACACCUUGUUGGGUUGUCCCUGGGCUCGGUACUCCUGAAGGAUUGCCUAACGCCAAAUACGGAAUUCCCGGAUGUGAUAAGACCGCAGCAGAAGGAGGAAGGAAGUGUUAAGGGGCGUCAACAGGUGCAAAAACGAACACUUUCGAAUAUUUUUACAUCAACCCCACAACAACAGAGCCCUGCGGUGAGUCCCAGUGAACCCCUGUUUGUCCUUCACUACGAACGGAAGCCCCUUAGCUACUCAGCUGACUACAGACUCUUCGUUAAGUCCCAAUCACUUGAUAUUGUCUACAAUACGGGUGUUGUGAAGUGGAUUGUGGACUUUGUGGUGAAACCACAUCAAAUGCUGGGGGCACGGAGGAAGUUGGAGGCAAUGAAGAAUCGAACAAAGAAGGAGAUUAUCAGGAAUUGGGAGAAUAUCCUCGAGGGGGAUUUGAAGAAGAGGAAAACGUGGAUUUUUGAAAUUGACAUUUCAGCUCCGCAAAUUAUUGUUGUGGAGAAUUUCAGCAAUAAAAAUGGGACGAUUGUUGUGGUGGAUUUUGGGCGUCUUCAGCUGACAAAUCGCCCGAGUCAACCGGUUAGGGCGCAAUCAAUUGCCGAGAGUGCUGGGCAUCGUGAUAGUGAGGAUGAGGAUGCUUUCAUGACGCCAUGUUCGACACCUCCGGGCUCCCAGGCGAGUACUUCGGACAGCCCAACGCUCAUUUCGGCCCUUGGAGACGUUCCGGAGAGUACAACGGCGUCUCCAUUGGAUGUGGGAGAAGAGCUCCAGGCCCGCAUCUACGAUCGCUACAACAUUGACUUUACAGACUUGCAGGUUUUGGUGUGCAAAUGCAGCGAUGGAUGGGCCUAUGCCAGUGGCAAGGGGACGUCCAACCUGCACGUUCUCGAUCGCUUCAGUAUUUCCCUGCAGCUUGAACGGCGUGUUGUCUACACGGCGGAUCCUCAAUAUCCCAGCUUGAAGCUUUCCGGGAGUCUCCCAAAGCUCGUUGUUCAUGCAAAUGAAGCCAAGAUUAUUGCCCUGCGAAACAUGAUGAGUAUAGUGAGUGGCGAAGCAGGAGCAUCCCCAACAGUAACACCCACAGAACCCACAACAAACAUCUUUCCGGAAGAAUCAAUUUCCGAUGCAUCAACAGAUGAGGAGGAUAGUCAGCGGGAAGCAACAAAACUCAUCGUCCUGCAAUUUGCAAUUGAUCAAAUGGUGCUGGAGGUUCAAUCGCACGGACGUGGCAUUGCUGAGCUGCAGGUCACCGGUGUCAAGGCGGGCUUCAGCCGGAGGGCGGCGGAAACGAAUAUAACACUCUCAGUGCAUGGGCUGCUCCUUGUGGAUGCCAUUCAGUCGUUUGGACCGGAUUUUGAGCUUCUCAUUGCGAGUCAUCGACACGUGGGCAUUGAUAGUGUGUCAGGGAGUCUCAAACAGAGUGAACCGUGCUCCCCAAUGUCUCCCGGAUCACCGGAUCCAACGCAAAAUCCCGGAAGACCAACGAGUCCUCAUACAAUCUCCAAAGCACUCAGCUCAUUGCAAAGAGCCAAUUCAUAUGUUUGGUCUACAACCGACGAUCUAGAUGCCCUCAUUGUCGUGGAUAUUCUCUUUGUGAAUUCCGCUGAUGACACAGAACAGCUUCAGAUUGCAAAUAUUCAAUUCAACAAUCUCGACAUAAUCGCCAAUCAAGAGACAAUUGUUGAGCUGAUUGGUUUCUUUAAGGGCGUAAUGCCGAAGAGUCCAUCCAGUGCAGCAGCCACAUCGGCUGAUCCGGUUGUUCCGUGUAGUAGUACGACGGAGAAUGUGUCCAAAGAGGAAGCUGCAGCGACGGAUGUGCGAAGUACGAGGACGGAAAUAACAUUUGACUUUCACAGGUUGAAUGUUUUGGUGCUGCGUGCUCUGUUGCGGGACACCUACAUGGUUGGCCGGAAGGUGGGAACGUUCACAAUGAGUGAGGCACGAAUUCAUGCAACUCUGGGGAAGACGGUGACCGUUGAGGGAUCCCUGGGUGGUCUGCAGGUGCUCGAUCUCACGCCGGAGGGGAUAAAUCACCAACGGAUCCUCUCUGUGGGCAAAGAUCCCCUCACAGAGGGUUCAACGAUCCAAAAGGAUCUUCUCAGUUCACUCACGGAGGAAGUCUAUGGGAGGGGUGAGAAGUCGGCCGGGGAGGAGGAACGGGGUGCACAGGGGGUUGAUCAGGCGCUCUCAUUUGUUGUAUUCCGGGGUGAGAAUGCGGGUGUGGAGAUUAAAAUUCGCAUGGCAUCCGUGUGGUAUACGCACUGUGCGAGAUUCAUGCAGGAGCUCAGUUGGUGCGCCACGGAAUUCAAGCAUUACCUCAAGAAUCUCGCGAGGAGUAUCCGGGAGAAGGCAACGGACAUGGCAUUGGGAUUUGUUCAGCAAAUUGAUCAGGGUGAAAAAUCCCUCAAGGCCAGCAAAGAUAAAGUUGACAUUAAACUCGAUGUUGUUCUCGAUACACCCGUUCUCGUUGUCCCCAGAUCCAGCUGCAGUCCACAGGUUUUUGUAGCUCAUUUGGGUAAAAUUUCCGUAAACAAUCAAAGGAAUUCCUCUCCAGCUACAGAUUUUGCUGAUGUACGACGUCGUGUAAGCGACGUGCCGUAUUUGCGUAAGAACGACAGCACAAUCUUCACGAUAAGUGAGGAAAUUGAUGAGGCUGAACAAUUUAAUUUUGAUGAAAAUACCUUUCAAAUGGAUGACAUUGACGGCGAGGUGGAGGCAAGACGCAAACCUUCAACCCACGCAGAGGCUUGCUUUGGUGGUGGUGAAGAGUCUCCUCCCAUGGAUGGUCGUAGCACGUAUGUGAUUGAUAUUCGGAAUAUGAAUUUAUUCUCAUUGGAUACGAAUAAUCGGAAGAAGGCUCUCUGCAUGAAUCGAGCUCUGCCGCGUGCAGAGGAAUUUUAUUCGUGUCAAACGGACGGUGUAGCCAUUCUGCACGAUACGGCAAUACGGUUGGACAUCACAAAAGUCACGGAGAGUUGGACGGAGAGGACGCUAAAGGGGCAAAUGGAUCAUUUUGAUACACUGGCCAUCAAUGGGAGUGUUGUGAAGCCGCUACAUUUAUCCCUGACACGGCAUCAGUAUGAGCAACUUCUUGAGACAUUCGACAAUAUUUUUAAGGUCCCCUCGGAAUUGGUGAGGCCACCAACGAGUGUUCCCAAUGAGGAAGAAAAUCUCGAUGAGGUGGAAGAGAUUGAUGCGCAAGUGGAUGCUGCUGAAGUACCCAAAAUACCCCGAAGGUUGUUCAAUCAGCCAAGUUUGGGGGAGAAACGAACGCAAAUUGAACCCCGUGUGACCUUUGAGUUGCCCACAUUUGUGAUUCAGCUGAAGAAUGAUUGCAAUCGCCCCCUGAUUGAGAUUUCCUUUCGGGACUUUAAUGUGCAGUACGAGAAGAAUAAUCAGUACGAGACGAGUAUUCAGGUGUCGUUGCGCUCCCUCCUCAUGGAGGAUCUUCUGCAACCGAUAGACAGCAAAAAUCGCACAAUGGUCAUUUCGUCGUGUGCUGAAGUGCAAAAUCUUCGUCCUGGCAGUGCCUUCUCGUCGCAUUCGUGCCCCAAUUUGGCGGGUUUUCCGGGCUUUGGGGCGGACGUGACAGGAUCCCUGCCGGAGAAUCUCGAAGGACGCGCAGGGUUUGCAGCAAUGGUGCAGCAAACGAGCAAUAAGUCUCAUUGCCCACAGACUCCGCCCCCAUCGCCACAGCCACGCGACAGGCAGGACAACUUGGUCAUCUACUCGUCGCUCCUCGUUGAUCCGGAAUGUCCGAACUUUGCAACGCAGUACAAUUCACUACGACAAUCCAGUUCUAUUGACUUCAACAGCCUGGAUUUGCUCAUCUCCGUCCAGAGUUGGUAUGUUCUGCUCAACUUCUUUGGGUUGCUUCAGGAUGAUGAAUCCGAUGGAGGAGCGUCGAGUGUUUCCACGACAAACCCACAGGAACUGCAGGGUGAUCCAAAUCGCAAUGCCGGUGGUGAUACGGAACUCAAUAUAACUGUGCGUUCCUUGACAGUUGUCCUCGUGGCACCUGACUAUGAGAUUGCCAAGGCGAAUGUUUCAAAUGCAAAAUUCGUUGUGGCCAAGAGGAAUGUCAUGAAGACAGUUGAGGGGCAUCUGGGGUCAAUGUCACUGUAUGACCUCACGCAACAUGGGAAGAUCUAUCGGGAGCGUUUUGUCACGAGUGGCAAUGAAGCGUUGAAUUUCACAUAUUGUCGGGAUAAGGUGAAGGGAAACGCCCGAACGGUGGAGGCGGAUGCAAAGUUGAAGAUUCAAAUGGCUUCCGUGCGGUAUGUGCACACAAAGAGAUUCGUGAUGGAGAUUCAGGCCUUCUUCCAGGCAUUCUCGCAACUUCAGCAGCCUGUGAUGAAGAAGAUUAAGCCGUCGGAGUCACGGCAGAAUCUCCAUCAGCGUCCCAUUCAGUUGGGCUUGGAGAUUAAAGCGGAAAGUCCGAUAAUCUUGUUGCCAAUGAGUUCGAGGAGUUCAAAGGUGAUUGUCGCGGAUCUCGGGGAGUUUUCCUUGCGAAACUCCUUCCGGUGGUCCACGGAGAAGUCCGUGAUUAGUGUGCAAAGGCGUGGGAUUGAUGAGACCACGGGGAAGGUACUGAGUGAGAUUCUCGAUGUAAUGUCCGUGAAAUUGGUCAAUACGAAUCUCUUUGCGGGCACGCGGAGUGAAAGAAGUGCCGCCAAUGCGCCUUCGGGGGAGGAUCUCUGCUUGGACAUGGGGAGCUAUAGUGUAAUGAAGGAGGGACCGAGUUUGCUGAAGAAUAAAUGUCACCUCUCACUGCAAGUUGAACGGAAUAUGGAUGCGUGGCGGAGUCACAAUGUGCCGGAUUUUAGUGUUCAGGGAACACUCUCGAAGCUCGAGGCUGUGCUCGAUUUGGAACAGUAUAAGCUUGUCCGGGGAUUCCUGUCGUACAAUUUGGGUGAACCAACUGAUGAUCUCUACGUGGAACCAGCAACAAUCACUGAAUCCCUCAUCAAUUUAUCCACUGACUACCAACCAGAACAUCGUCAGGUCUGGACGAAUAUGUCAAUAACACUGGAUCUCCAGGAAGUUCUUGUGAAGCUUCAUUCACCCACAAAUAUCCCAGAAGGUUUCCUCAAUUUAACCACCAACACAAUGCCAAGAAUAAAUCGUGGCUUUGAAGAUCUUCUUGGUAGUGGGAACAGCAAAGAGAAUUUCCUUGCUUGUAUAAAUUUCAUAAAAUCCUCCCUGAAAAUUGAUUCCUUCAGUGAUGGUUCGCAGGAUAUUGAUCUUGUGUCCCAGGAGAUUCUCGUGACGGACACCCGGACGCAAUUUACAGCUCCACGCAAUGUCUUUACGAACAUUCUCGCGCCGACAACGACAAAAUUCAACGAAGAUUCCGUUCAGGCGGAAGUACACAGCCGCAGACGGCAGGAUUGUUCGAAAUACACAAUUUUGCUCAAUAAUAUGCGUCUAAUGGCAAUUCUCGAUUGGCUGGAGAGUAUUCGGGAUUUUCUGUCGCAAUCCGAAGAGGCUCCAAAGGAACUUGUGGCUCUUGGCAAAGUUCAGGGGGGUGUUGAGAGUCCAACAGUCCCCACAGCAGUGGUGGAUGAUGCAUUGGAGCUCGUGUUGAACAUCACAAAUUCCGAAUUGGUCUUUGUGGAGAAUACCGAUCAAUGGGACACAAAUGCAGUGAUCCUCAAGAGUACAACAAUCGUCUCAUUCCGCCCAAGUGAAAUUAACAAAGUCAUGUCACUCAAUCUCAACAAUCUCGAAGUGUUUUCCUGCACACUCGAUGCAGAGGACACAACGGCACUCUCAAUUAUCGAUCCGGUCACAAUAAAUCUCGACAUACGCAAAGGUGUGCUGGAUUUGCAGCUGCAGAAGCGACUCUGUAUUCGUCUUUCCUACCACGAUGUGAAGAUGUUCACGAAGAUGCUUCAGAGUUUGCCGAAACAGACAAAACAAGCACGUUCCGGGAAGGAAGAUGCAGCUACUUCUCUCGAUAUUGAUGGAGCUGUGAAGAAACUCUCAGCUUUGGGCUUUAAGAGGGCUGACUGUGUGAAGGCCCUUGAACUUUGUUCCAAUCAACUGGAUGAUGCUGCAUUAUGGCUAACGCAGAAUGCUGAGCCGGUUAAGAGUAUUGUCUUGCCCGCAAAGGGCCCCCUUGAGAUUCAGGCUGUUGAAAUACGUGCCGCGUGUAUUAGUAUUUGUGUAAUUGAUGACUGCAAGGAUGCUGAUGUGCCACUGUUGGAGCUGUCGCUGUCGCAUUUGGAUUUGCGUCAGGAGCUCGGUGGUGGUGGUGUUGGGAGUUACUCGGCAGUUGUUCCUGCAGCAGGAAGUGAGAGUAUUGGCUUCCGUGCGGGGCAUCUAUCGGGGGUGUUUGCAAGUGACUACUACAAUCGACGCCUCAGUGGGUGGGAGCCGGUGAUUGAGGCGUGGCGAUGCCAGGCUGAAUGGAGUUAUAGCCUCGGGCAGAUUGGGACACAUCGGAAUAGGUUACAUUUGCAGGUUGCAAGUGAGGAUCUGCUGAAGGUGAAUGUGACGAAUACAUUGAUUGAUUUGUACCAAGUUGUCCGGGAGAAUUGGACGGAGGACUACUUUGCGCAGGAUGCCCGUGGGGUGGUGGAGAAGAGCCCUCAGGGGCAUCGAAGGAGGACCCCUUUUGUGCCAUUUGCUCUGCGCAAUGACACGGGGAUUGCUUUGUGGUUCACAACGUUGGUGAGUUCCCCCGAUGGGGUGCCACGGAGGGAACUACUGACAAAGAGUGAGACAAGGUGGCAACUUGUGGCUCCGGGAGCUGUUCAGCCAUUUAGUUUUGGUGGAGCGCAGAAUAAGUUGCGGCACCAUGAUUCGCAUAAGUUGAAUCUCCAUCAGGUUGGAGUUCGUGUUGAUGGGUGGACGGAAGUGGGUCCGGUCUCGGUUGAUCGUGUUGGGACCUACUUCCGGCAUGCUCAUCAUGGUGCUUCGUCGCCCAAUGAUUCAGGCGUUGGGGCAACGGUGAGGAUUGUCUUUGAGGUGACAAUGGAGGGGUCAGCCCAGAAGUUGGUGACAGUUCGGUCAUCGCUGCAGGUUGUUAAUCGCCUGAGUCAGCCGUGUGUGCUGAAGAUGGAGCAUCUGUAUGGGCCGAAUGUGGAGAAGUGGCCAGAAACGCUGACGGCAGUUGUGAGGCCACACGGGGGGAUCUACAGUGUCCCCCUGAGUCAUGUUCAUGCAUUUAUCUUCCUUAAACCUCUACCUGCAUUGCCGGUUGAUCACGUGGAAGCCUGGCGAGGGGAUGAGGCGAAGACAAAGAGCAGGGAUUACUGGACAACGGGGCAGACGGUUGCCGUGGACAAGGGUGGGCAGUUUCAUCAGUUCUCCGAUAAACCCUUCCACUGGAAGGAACUCCUGGACUCGGCAGAUGUGCAGCAGGAGUUGCGAACGUGUAAGAGUAAUCGUGAGCGGUGGUUUCACUUUGUUGUUGCAAUUGAGCGGGAGAAGUACCCACAGGGGAGUAGCCUUCCAGGGCACACAUUCGUCCUGUACCCACCUGUGCGUCUGUACAAUCUCCUCCCGUGUGAUCUGCUCUGGCGCGUUCCAGGUGGGAGUCACGGACGUGUUUCCCCAUCGGAGACAGCAGCUAUUCACGAAGUGGACUUGACGUAUCAAAUUGAACUGACAAUAGCCUUGGAUGGGUACCCCGGAUCGGGACAUAUUGUCAUCCCAGCUGGCUACGUGGGACGCAGUGAGAUGCGCCUCAAACUCACUGACGUAAAUCAUCGUCUUCUCUUCCUUCGUGGAAGUGUUCAGGUUGAGAAGGGCCAAGGAGUCCAGAUAACUGUCUCCGCUCCGUUCUGGCUUGUUAACCGUACCGGUUUACCCCUGAUCUUCCGUCAGGAAGGCGUCAAUCACGACAGUUCUGGUCAGUUUAGUGAACACGAACAGGCACGUCUUGUUUCCCCGCUCAUGUUUAGUUUCUCCGACUUUGAUGCCCCACCUGCACUUACGGUGCGUCUCGGGAAGCGCUACGGUAUGAAUCCGACAUGGUGUCAACCGUUCAAUCUACACAAAGACACACUUAAUCGUCAACUACGCUCCGGUGUGUCGAAUGAAACCUUUGUCAUUGGGAUUGAUGUUCGUCGUGGACGUGGAAGGUACGCCAAGACGAGCGUUGUAACCUUCUCCCCACGCUUCCAGCUGUACAAUCGUAGCCGGUAUAAACUUCAAUUUGCUCAGAAGUACUUUGCAACAACCCUCACGGAUCCACUGGCUAAAUCGACUUUCAUUGAAGCCGUCCCGGAUUGUCAUCUACCCUUCCAUUGGCCACGAUUGGAUAAGGAACAGGAGCUCUGUGUACGUCUUCCCGAUGUGCAGGAUUGUCUGUGGUCAGGCGGAGUGCCCAUUCAGGAGUCCCUGAGUGUGUACAUAAACAUCCGCAAUGCCAAUGGGGAUAUGCACUUUAUUCGCCUUGAGAUUGUCCUUCAGGGUGCAACGUACUUCCUCCUUUUCGGCGAUGCGCAGGCUCUUCCGCCGCCAAUUCGCAUUGAUAACUUCUCGGAGGUUCCGGUGAAAUUCCACCAACCUGGGGGGAAGCAUCAAUGGCGCACCGUUGUCCGGGCACACGCCUCAAUGGCCUAUGCUCUCGAUGAGCCAACGGGUGUUCAGGCAAUUCAGGUUGAAGCACCCGGAGGGGUGUGUCACACCUACCAUCUACGUGAUUUGGAGACACCACAUAACCUAACUUAUGAGAACUUCAUCUAUAUCGCCUUCAGUGGGACAUUCAAACGUACCUCCGAUGUUGGCCUCAUGCAGGAGCCGUGGGAUUAUGAUGUGGAGAAUCAACAGCUUGUCCUGGGAGUCCUCGAUGGACGGGUUUUCCUCGUGCGGAAGCGUCCCGGAGACAGAACACAGCUCUGGCGAAUGAAUCAGGAUAAACAGUUGGAGCAUGAAGGCUCAUCCCCACCUACAGAACCCGGGAAGCGAGCAACAGUCACACAGCGAUUUGUUCUCGAUCUCGACGGCCCACCACGACCAAUGAGUUACGUUAAUCUCGUUGUACGUCCCAUUGACAUCAGGCGGAAGUCAACGCAAACGUGGCGCUUCACGGAGGAGGGACGCCUCAUGUGUGAACACUCAAAUAUGUGUGUUCAACCGAAGAAUGGCUUCUUCGGGCUUCGUCCUGGGUGUGAAGCAGUCCUCGGGAUGAUUGUGUCCGAUACACACGUAAUUACGGAGAGUCUUGUUCCGCUUGAGCAGGCAAUUGAGCGGCAAAAGAUGCGUCCUGGCUCGGGAUGUUUGUCCGUUGUCGUGACAAUGGAUGGGCCAAUAAGAACGGUGCGGAUACGGGAUGUGAAUUCAAAGAGGAAUAGUAGUUUGGCCAUUGAUCCAGCGUGGAAGCAUGUUUCACACGUUAUUCCGCACUUCAAUACAUCCCUGCAGGAGGAAAAGGAGAAUCCAGAGAAGAAUUCCAUCGAUGAAUUUCAUAUUUACCUUAAACUCUCAAAGGGAAUUGGAAUUUCAAUUGUUUCACGUCAACCUUGUGAGGAAUUGGCGUUGAUUUCAUUGGAAAACAUUACAUUGGAAGCUGUUGCAACACCUUCGGUGCGUUCACUUGAUUUGAGCGUUGAUGAUGUUCAGGUGGACAAUCAGUUGCUUGAGACACCCUGUCAGGUGGCGCUGUAUACGAUUAAGCCUGCCUCAACGGACUCCCCGACACGAUCGAAGCUUUCGGCGUUGCAGUUGACGGCUAAAAUGCUUCCCAGCCCUAAUGCAAAUGCCGUCAUUUUUGAACAUUUAAUCCUGAGCCUGAGACCCAUGUCGAUUUACCUGGAGGAACGUCUUAUGCUGCGAAUGGCGGAUUUUAUGGGUUUGGGCAGGGUGCAAGCCGACGCUGCGGCGUUGACGGAUGAAUCUGACUACGAGGCACAUCGUGUGGCGACACAGCUAAUGGCGACGAAUGUGAAAAGGUACUAUUUUGGUGAUUUGCAAAUUGUUGUGAGUCAAAAUCGCCUAAGUGUCAUCACGGCGACAAAGUUGACGCCACGAAUGGGUGAGAUGAAGCGUCGUUUGGGGUUGACUUUGAUUAAAUUUGAGGAUGCAAUAAUUGAAUUUGAAAAAUUCACGGAUAAACAUCAUUUUGAGACGUUGGAAGUGUACUUGGGGGCUAUUAAGUCGCACUACAAGAAGGAGCUGAAAUGGCAGGCGGGCUCCAUUCUGGGGAGUGUGGACUUCCUCGGGAAUCCCCUUGGGUUUGCCAAUGAUGUCUCCGAGGGGGUGUCAGGGUUGAUUUUUGAGGGAAGUGUGAAGAGUCUCGUGAAGAAUGUCACGCAUGGGAUCUCCAAUUCAACGGCAAAGCUCACGGAGACCUUGUCCGAUGGGUUGGGGCGUGUUGUGCUCGAUGAUGAGGACACAGAGACACGUCAGAGGAUCCUGAGUACGGCAACAACGACCAAUAGCACGGAUCACUUGGUUGCUGGGCUCAAGGGGUUGGGAUUCGGGCUACUGGGUGGGGUUACGAGUAUUGUCAAGCAUACGUACUCUGGGGCACAAACUGAUGGGAUUCAGGGGCUCAUUUCGGGCUUUGGCAUGGGGCUCGUGGGGACGGUGACGAAGCCCGUGAUUGGGAUGUUGGAUUUGGCAGCAGAGACCGCAAGUGCAGUGCGGGAGACGAGUAAAAGUUCAAAUCGUCAAAUUCCGGACCGGAAGAGGCUGCCGCGGUGCGUAACAGGUGCCCCCGGGAGUCUCCUGCCACCCUAUUCGUACACCCAGGGGAAGGGUCAGAGUAUUCUCUACACGCUCAAUCGGAGGGACUUUACGGAGCAACUAAUGGCCUACGAACCCUGCUUGUUUGAUGGGGAGGAUUCAAAGCUAGAGCUGCUCGUGUCAACGGAGAAUGUUUGGGUGUUCUCACGGAAUGAUGAUGCAACCACAAUUAUCUUCACCUACCACUUAAGUGACCUCCUCUCGUGUCAUCCGGUGUCUGUAACAGCUGAUCCGGGUGGGCAUCACAAGUCCAAGAAGACGCAACACAAUCACUACAUUGAACUGGGUCUGACGGUAACAACGCGAAGUGCCACCAUGUCGGCGGUGCAGGAGAAUGUGAAGAGACCCCGUGUUCGAUGUCAAUCUGAGGAUAUUGCCCAAAGAGCAUCGAGACAUAUCAACUACGCUAAAGGGAUUUACGAUGAACGUGAACAAACACUCUAUUCCGAUUCUGUGAUGGACUAAAAGUAAAACUAAAAAGAAAAAAAAAUCACCAAAAUCACGAAAAAAAAUGCAAAAAGAUUUUUUUACAAACAUAAAUUAAUUUAAAUGAUUUUUGUUGUUGUAAUUUAUAUGAUUGAAAAACCAAACCUACACUUAUAGUGAAGAAUUCUUUUUUUUUCUUAGGAACUUAUUUGACCUCUUAUGACCUUUUCUUCACCUUCUUAGUUUGUAAUGAGAUGCCUUUUUUAAUGCAAUAAUUUUUUUUUGCUAAUCUUUUUCACUUUCAACAUCGAACAAUAAAAAAAGACCAAAAAGUUUUAACCAAAAGAAGGCAGAAGAUAAUUCUUUUUUUUUAAUUGAAUUUUUUAAUACUUAAAGGGAAAGGGAUGGUUUUGUUUUGUCUCAUUUCCUUCUAAAGAAUCUACUUUGUCCUGUAAGAUUUUCUUCUUCUUCAAUUUUUUGGUAAUUUUUUCAUAAUUGCUCUGUAGGUUUAGAAAGAAAUAUAGAAGAAAAGAGAAAGAAAAUACACAACUACCAAAGACUGCGUAUAAUUUGUAUUUAUAAAUUAAAAAAAUAAAAUGAAAUGUAAAAAAAAACAGAAAAUUUAACCAAGUUGUGGAAUAAAGUUUUAAGAAAAAAGUGCUUGAGAAAAA